AAUUCGAUUAUACGGCGGCGACGGAGCAAAUAGAUACAACCCUCGACGAGUUUGCGAUUGAACAGGGAAGAAGGUGACCAGAUUUUGAAGCGAGAGGAGGAGAAACAACAAGAGGAGUAGCCAUGGGGAUGAAAUUUCUGAACAAGAAGGGAUGGCAUACGGGGAGUCUCCGUAACAUCGAGACCGUGUGGAAGGCUGAGCAGAAACAAGAGGCCGAACAGAAAAAGCUUGAGGAGCUUCGUCUCCAGAUCUUGCAGGAGAGGGAGCGUUCUGAGUUUCGCGCUCUCCAGGAACAAGCCGGUCUAAUUCCGAGACAAGAGAGAUUGGAGUUUUUGUAUGAUUCAGGAUUAGCUGUAGGGAAAGGAAGUGCGAGUGGUUCAGGUGUUUCGUUUCAGAAAGAAGAGCAGCCUUUAGCCCAAGCUGAAGCUGGUAAUAGUGCCAGUGAGAAACCAGAUCAGUCGGCUCCUGGUGCGCUGUUUGAGGAGAAGCCGCAAUCUGCUAAUGAUUCUUGGAGGAAACUUCAUUCUGACCCUUUGCUUCUCAUCAGGCAGCGUGAGCAGGACGCUCUUGCCAAGAUCAAGAACAAUCCUGUGAAGAUGGCUCUUAUUCGCAAAUCUGUAGAAGAAAAAGGAAAGGGUAAAGAUGGAGACAAAAAGGACCAUAAGAAAAAGCAUAAGCGUAAAAGUGGAAAACAUCACAAGCAAUCUUCAUCCAGACACCAUUCUGAUUCGGAGGAAGAUUCUGAUGAAGAGAAUAAUGGAAGAAAAUCCCACCAUCAGAAAACAUCAGGGACGCAUGACAGACACUAUGAGAGGCCAAGAUCAGAUUUAGAGGAUGAGUCAAAAGGAAAACAAAGUCGUGAUAGGCACUAUGAGAGACGAAGGUCAGUAUUAGAUGAUGAGUCCAAAAGAAGAGAAAGUCAGGAUACUCACUAUGAGAGACGAAGGUCAGAACUGGAUGAUGAGUCAAAAAGAAGAGAAAGUAGGGACAAGCACUAUGAGAGAAGAAGAUCAGAUUUGGAUGAUGAGUCCAAAAGAAGAGAAAGUCAUGAUAAGCACUAUGAGAGACGAAGGUCAGAUCUGGAUGAUGAGUCCAAAAGAAGAGAAAGUCAUGAUAAGCACUAUGAGAGACGAAGGUCAGAUCUGGAUGAUGAGUCCAAAAGAAGAGAAAGUCAAGAUAAGAGACGAAGGUCAGAUAUGGAUGAUGAACCAAACAGAAGAGAAAGUCAUAGAGAAACUCGUACCAAUGAGAGAUAUCAGAAUCACUCCCCUAGAGGCGGUUUGGAAAGGGAAAAUCUCAAGAGUUAUGGUCAAGAGGAUAAAAAAAGGAAAACAGAGGAUUUAGACAAUGGAAAGCAUCCCUCUAAGGAGAAUGAAUACCAGAAUAGACGCCGGAAAGGAGGGUCGAAACUAUCAGAAGAGGAGAGAGCUGCUAGAUUGAAGCAAAUGCAAAUGGAUGCAGAGGUGCACGAGGAGCAAAGAUGGAGAAGAUUGAAGAAAGCGGAUGAGACUGAUGCAGUGGAAGCUGACAAGAACAAAGUAUCCAUGGGAAAGAGCUUUUUGGACGAUGCUAAUAAAAGUGUGUAUGGGAUAGAGAAAGGCGGGAGCUCAACAAUAGAAGAAAGCGUGCGGCGAAGAAGCUAUUAUUCACAGCGUGGAACUGAAGCUGAAGGCAAUGCGUUUCGCCGUUGAUGAUAUUGUUAAACAACACAAAACAUGCAAGGUUAUCAGAUGAAGCUCUUUGAUUGAUGUUUAGAUAUGUGAGGGCGACGAGGCUGAGGCCCAUAGGCAAUAGCCCAUUAUGGGGGUGGUCCAGUAUGUUAUCCGCAAAAGGGAGCGUGGGAUUUGAAAUGGUGGUAGUGUGUGUGUAAUACAAUAUGAAGUGAGUGGGACGUAGAAAUGAGGUGUAUGAAAGAGUCAAUAAAAAAACCCGUGACAUUGUAGUUAAGCAUAAUACUCCAAGAUUCCCCUUUGGCACUUUUUAAAGAAACCACGAGAUGAAGCCACUCUCUCUCUCUCUCUCUCUCUCUCUCUCUCUCUCUUGUCUUUUUGUUGAGACUCUAUUAUUUUCUCAGUUAUUUUUUUUCUGUCCAUCAUCUUUCAUGUAAAAGUUUAUUUCUGUCAAAAUUCUUAUGUUUUGAGUU